AUGCCGUCCAUUGUGCUGCAUCAUGGCCAAGGCACUGAGUCAACGGCACUCCGUGAUGGUCCCGCCAUUCAAGGAGGCUCUAUUCCCACACACCCUCUAGGAGUCAAGCCGCUGGGCAACCGAUAUCUUUCCAAAGGGCCGAAUGCAAAGACAAACUCUGGUAUAUGGGGUCUCCUGCCGGAUGAAAUGCUCAUGCUGGUCCUGGAACAACUGGAUGCCGGGUCGUUGCUAAGUCUAGGCUCAACAUGCAAAUUCCUUUUUGCGUUUUGCCAUUCAGACGAGCUGUGGAAAGCUUUGUUCUUGCUGUUGCCUGCUGCGAGCAGUCGGUCUCUCAAAUGGCUUGGGACUUGGAGAUCAACCUUGCUGGCCUUGCCCAAGAGCCAGGCGGCCAUCUUGGACUGUGGAAAUGUCUUUUCUGAUGUCUUGCACAGACCCUUUGCUUGCAGCAAUAUCGUACCUUCCCGCUUCGCAAACCAAAUUCCCAGGGCUAACCAGAUUCCCCGGAUGGAGAAUUUAACGUACGAAGAAUACGCAGACGGAUGGACAGAGAAACCUUUUCUUCUCUCAAGGUGCAUUCAGGACUGGCCGGCGUGUUCCCGGUGGAGCAUUGAGGAGUUGCUCAGGAUGUACGCCAAUGUCGAGUUCCGAGCAGAAGCCGUGGAUUGGACCAUGGAGCGAUAUUGCGAGUACAUGAGAGAUAACAGAGACGAAAGCCCUCUUUAUCUGUUCGAUCGCAAAUUCGCCGAAAAGAUGGCCAUAACUGUGGGCCGUCGAGACGGCGCAGCGUACUGGAAACCCGACUGUUUUGGCCCUGAUUUAUUCGAGGUUCUGGGAGAUGAAAGACCAGCACAUCGAUGGCUGAUCGUGGGUCCCGAGCGAAGUGGCUCUACGUUUCACAAGGACCCAAACGGCACAAGUGCUUGGAACGCGGUCAUCCAAGGCUCCAAAUACUGGAUCAUGUUCCCCCCGGAUGCCCAAGUUCCCGGCGUUUACGUGUCUGAAGACUGCAGCGAGGUCACGAGCCCGCUCAGCAUUGCGGAAUGGCUCUUGACCUUCCACGAAGAAGCGCGACGUCUUCCGGACUGCGUCGAAGGAAUAUGCCACGCCGGGGAAAUCUUGCACGUACCGAGCGGAUGGUGGCACCUCGUCGUGAACCUGGAAGACGGCAUAGCCCUAACGCAGAAUUUCGUGCCCCAGUCCCCAAGUCUGAAUCUCCUGUCCGAAGUGCUUCUUUUUUUGAGGGACAAGGCUGAUCAAGUCUCCGGAUUCGACGGCAAGAUUGAGCAACCUUUCGAGUUAUUUGUAGGUAGGCUUGGGGAGAAGUAUCCGCAGGUGCUGGAGAGGGCCCUCGAGAUGGUAGACAAGAAGAGCAGGAAGAAGCGGAAGUGGGAUGCAGCCAUUGGCAAAGAAGCAGGGGGCGAAAACUCCGGGAAAGGCUUCAGCUUUGGGUUUGGCGGGGGUGAAGACGACGACGAGGAGAUUCCUUGA